CGAUUCUGACAACGCACCGCGAACAUGCCGUGCCUUUGUCUCGUCUUGGCCUUCCUCGUUGCAGCCAUCGAUGUUGAUUCAUUUCCAGUUAGACACGGAGGUAAAUCGUACGGUCAAGGUGGCUAUGGAUAUUGGCACAGACAUGGCGGGCAUGGCGGCUACGGUGGAUAUGGUGGAUACGGCAGGCAUGGCGGUUACGCUGGAAACGUCGCGAUAAAGAUGCAGCCUCACAGUGCCACAAAUCGGGGUUCGAUCCUGAUCUCGGCUGCUGUCAGUCCAGAUAUUGUAUGUGUCCCUGAGUGUCGUAUGGAUACAAUAAGGGUGGCUACGGAACAUCAGAUGGAGACGAUAAAGAAUGUAGCUCCGGAACGUCAGAUGAACACAACAAAGAUGGUGGCUACGGAACAUCAGAUGGAUAUGAACAAGAUGGUGGCUACGGAACGUCAGAUGAAUACGAAAAAUACGGUGGCUACGGAACGUCAGAUGGAUAUGAACAAGAUGGUGGCUACGGAACGUCAAGUGGAUACGAAAAUGACGGUGGCUACGGAACGUCAGAUGGAUAUGAAAAAGACGAUGGCUACGGAACAUCAGAUGGAUAUGGGAAAAACAGUGACUACGGAACGUCAGAUGGAUAUGGGAAAAAGAGUGACUACGGAUACUAAUCAUCAUCUCGAUAUGAUAACGAUGGUGGACAUGGCAAACUGUUCCCUCGGAUUGAAAGCUCUACAAAAUGCGUUGCUGUUAUUACUUAGCAUGGACUUCAUGAACCCAUUUAUUGUUCAUUCUCACUGUGAUUUGAAAAGACGGCUUUAAACACAAUCAUCUUAGCAAAAUAAAAGAUAUCAUUAAAAUGUGGGUGCCUGUUUUAUUGCAAUGUGGAGGGAUGCUGGUAAAACAGCACGUCAGAAUAUUAGGGGGAAUGGGGAGAAGGCAGGAGAAUGGGGUUAGGAAGGAGAGAUACAUCAGCCUGAAUGAAGGAGUAGACUUGAUGGGUCGAAUGGCCUAAUUCUGAUCUCAUCAAUUAUGAAAACAGCGUUUCUUGCAUUAUAGACAAUAGACAAUAGGUGCAGGAGUAGAGGCCAUUUGGCCCUUCGAGCCAGCACCGCCAUUCAAUGUGAUCAUGGCUGAUCAUCCCCAAUCAGUACCCUGUUACUGCAUUCACCCCAUAUCCCCCGACUCAGCUAUUUUUAAGAGCCCUAUCUAGCUCUCUCUUGAAAGUAUCCAGAGAACCUACCUCUACCGCCCUUCGAGGCAGAGAAUUCCACAGACUCGCCACUCUCUGAGAGAAAAAAGUGUUUCCUCGUCUCCAUUCUAAAUGGCUUACUCCUUAUUCUUAAACUGUGGCCCCUGGUUCUGGACUCCCCAACAUCUGGAACAUGUUUCCUGCCUCUAGUGUGUCCAAGCCCUUAAUAAUCUUAUAUGUUUCAAUUAGAUCCCCUCUCAUCCUUCUAAACUCCACAGUGUACAAGCCCAGCUGCUCCAUUCUCUCAGCAUAUGACAGUCCCGCCAUCCCGGGAAUUAACCUUGUAACCCUAUGCUGCACUCCCUCAAUAGCAAGAAUGUCCUUCCUCAAAUUAGGGGAUCAAAAAUGCACACAAUACUCCAAGUGUGCACUCACUAGGGCUCUGUACAACGGCAGAAGGUCCUCUUUGCUCCUAUAUUCGAUUCCUCUUGUUAUGAAGGCCAACAUGCCGUUUGCUUUCUUCACUGCCUGCUGUACCUGUAUUCUUACUUUCAUAGACUGAUGAACAAGGACCCCCAGAUCCCGUUGUACUUCCCCUUUUCCCAACUUGACGCCAUUUAGAUAGUAAUCUGCGUUCCUGUUUUUGCUACCAAAGUGGAUAUCCUCACAUUUAUCCGCAUUAAACUUCAGCUGCCAUGCAUCUGCCCACUCCCCCAACCUGUCCAAGCCACCCUGCAUUCUCAUUGUAUCCUCCUCACAGUUCACACUGCCACCCCGCUUUGUGCCAUCUGCAAAUUUGCUAAUGUUACUUUGAAUCCCUUCAUCCAAAUCAUUGAUGUAUAUUGUAAAUAGCUGCGGUCCCAGCACUGAGCCUUGCGGUACCCCACUAGUCACUGCCUGCCAUUCUGAAAGGGACCCGUUAAUCCCUACUCUUUGUUUCCUGUCUGCCAACCACUUCUCUAUCCAUGUCAGCACUCAACACCCAAUACCAUGUGCCCUAAUUUUGCCCGCUAAUCUCCUAUGUGGGACCUUAUCAAAUGCUCUCUGAAAGUCUAGGUACACUACAUCCACUGGCUCUCCCUUAUCCAUUUUCCUAGUUACAACCUCAAAAAAUUCCAGAAGAUUAGUCAAGCAUGAUUUCCCCUUUGUAAAUCCAUGCUGACUCGGACCGAUCCUGUUACUGCUAUCCAAAUGUGCGGCUAUCUCAUCUUUUAUUAUUGACUCCAGCAUCUUCCCCAGCACGAUGUCAGGCUAACUGGUUGAUAAUUCUCUGUUUAUUCUCUCCCGCCUUUCUUAAAAAGUGGGAUAACUUUAGCCAUCCUCCAAUACACAGGAACCGAUCCUGAGUCUGUAGAACAUUGGAAAAUUAUCGACAAUGCAUCCACGAUUUCUACAGCCACUACCUCAAGAUGCAUUCCCUGGGAUGCAGACCAUCGGGCCCUGGGGAUUCAUCGGCCUUCAGUCCCAUCAGUCUAUCCAACAUCAUAGAAAUAUAGUAACCUAGAAAAUAGGUGUAUGAGGAGGCCAUUUGGCCCUUCGAGCCAGCAGCACCAUUCAUUCUGAUCAUGGCUGAUCGUCCCCUAUUAAUAACCCAUGCCUGCCUUCUCCCCAUAUCCCUUGACUCCACUAGCCGCAAGAGCUCUAUCCAACUCUCUCUUAAAUCCCUCCAGUGAUUUGGCCUCCACUGCCCCCUGUGGCAGGGAAUUCCAUAAAUUCACAACUCUCUGGGUGAAAAAGUAUUUUAUCACCCCAGCCUUAAAUGACCUCCCCAUUAUUCCCCUUUGUCCCCUGGUUCUGGACUCGCCCAACAUUGGGAACAUUUUUCGUGCAUUGUCCUAGCUUGUCCAGUCCUUUUAUAAUUUUAUAUGUUUCUAUAAGAUACCCCCUCAUCCUUCUUAACUCCAGUGAAUACAAGCCUAGUCUUUUCAACCUUUCCUCAUAUGACAGUCCCGCCAUCCCAGGGAUCAAUCUCGUGAACCUACGCUGCACUGCCUCAAUCACAAGGAUGUCUUUCCUCAAAUUAGGAGACCAAAACUGUACACAAUACUCCAGAUGUGGUCUCUCCAGAGCUCUAUACAACUGCAGAAGAACCUCUUUACUCCUUUACUGAAAUCCUCUUGUUUUGAAGGCCAACAUUCCAUUAGCUUUCUUCACUGCCUGCUGUACCUGUAAGCCAACUUUCAAUGACCGGUGUACAAGGACGCCCAUGUCUCGCUGCACCUCCCCUUAACUGACCUAACCCCAUUGAGAUAAUAAUCUGCCCCUUUGUUUUUGCCGCCAAAGUGGAAAACCUCACAUUUAUCCAUAUUAUACUGUAUCUGCCCACUCACUCAACCUGGCCCGGUCACCCUGCAACCUCCUAAAAUCCUCUUCACUGUUCACACUGCCACCCAGCUUUGUGUCAUCCAAAAACUUGCUAGUAUUGUUCCUAAUUCCCUCUUCCAAAUCAUUAUUAUAUAUGGUAAACAGUUGCGGUCCCAACACCGAGCCUUGCGGCACUCCACUCGCCACUGCAUGCCAUUCUGAAAAUUACCCCGUUCACUCCUACACUUUGCUUCCGGUCUGCCAACCAAUUUUUUUAUCCAUGUCAACACCCUACCCCCAAUACCAUGUGCUCUCAUUUUAGUCACCAGUCUCCCGUGCGGGACCUUAUCAAAGGCUUUCUGAAAGUCUAGAUACACUACAUCCACUGGCACCCCUUCAUCCAUUUUACAUGUCACAUCCUCAAAAAAAUCCAGAAGAUUAGUCAAGCACGAUUUCCCUUUCAUAAAUCCAUGUUGACUUGGACUAAUCCUUUUACUGCUAUCCAAAUGCCCCAUUAUUACCUCUUUAAUAAUUGACUCCAGCAUCUUUCCCACCACUGACGUCAGGCUAACUGGUCUGUAAUUCCCCAUUUUCUCUCUCGCUCCUUUCUUGAAAAGUGGGAUAACAUUAGCUAUCCUCCAAUCCACAGGGACUGAUCCUGAAUCUAUUGAACAUUGGAAAAUGAUCACCAAUGCGUUCACUAUUUCGAGAGCCACCUACCUGAAGACCCUGGGAUGCAGACCAUCAGUCCCAGGGGAUUUGUCAUCCUUCAGUCCCAUUAGCAUACCCAAUACUAUUUCUCGCCUAAUGGAAAUUUAUUUCAGUUCCUCUACCGCCUUGGAUCCUCUGUCCUCCAGUACAUCUGGGAGAUUGUUUAUGUCUUCCUUAGUGAAGACAGAUCCGAAGUGCCUAUUCAACUCUUCUGUCAUUUCCUUGUUGCCCAUAAUAAUUUCACCUGUGUCUGCCUUCAAGGGACCCACAUUUGACUUUGCUACUCUUUUUCCCUAAACAUAUCUAAAGAAGCCUAAUGUGGAUUUCCUGCCUAAUGAAGCCUAAUGUGGAUUUCCAUCAGUUCCUCUGUCACCCCAGAUCCUCUGGCCACUACUAUAUCAGAAAGAUUGUUUGUGUCCUCCUUAGUGAAGACAGAUCCAAAGUACUUGUGCAACUUAUCUGCCAUUUUCAUGUACCCAUUAAUAAAGUCACCUUUUUCGGUCUUCAAGGGCCCAACUUUGGUCUUAACUAUUGUUUUCCUCUUAACAUACCUAAAGAAGUUUUUACUAUCCUGCUUUAUAUUCUUGGCUAGCUUACCUUCGUACCUCAUCAUUUCUCCCCGUAUUGUCUUUUUGGUUAUAUUCUGUUGUUCUUUAAACAUUGCCCAAUCCUCUUGCUUCACGCUCAUCUGUGCUAUGUUGUACCUCUUCGCUUUAAUUUUUAUACUGUCCCUGAUGUCCCUUGUCAGCCAUGCUCGCCCCUUUCUCCCCUUGGAAUCUUUCUUCCUCCUAGGAAUGAACUGACCCUGCAUCUUCUGUAUUAUUCCUAGAAACACCUGCCAUUUUUGUUCCACUGUCAUCCCUGCUAGUGUAUCUUUCCAGUCAACUUUGUCCAGCUCCUCCCUCGUGGCCUCAUAGUUUCCUUUAUUCAACUGCAACACUGACACCUCCGAUCUACUCUUCUCCCUCUCCAAUUGUAGAUGAAACCUGACCAUGCUAUGGUCUCUGCCUCCAAAUGACUCAUUAACCUCGAGGUCCCUUAUCAAAUCCGAUUAAUUACAUAACACUAAAUCCAGAAUUGCCUUCUCCCUGGUAGGCUCCAAUACAAGCUGUUCUAAGAAUCCAUCACGAAGGCACUCUACAAAGUCCCUUUCUUGGGGUCCAGUACCAACCUGAUUUUUCCAGUCUACCUGCAUGUUGAAAUCUCCCAUAACAACCUCAGCAUUACUUUUACUACAUGCCAAUUUUAACUCCUGAUUCAACUUGCGCCCUAUGUCCAGGCUACUGUUUGGGGGCCUGUAGAUUAGUCCCAUUCGGGUAUUUUUACCCUUACAAUUCCUUAGUUCUAUCCAUACUGACUCCACAUCUCCUGUUUCAAUGUCACCCCUUGCAAGGGACUGAAUUAAAUGAUAAGAUUAAACGAUAACUUACCAAUUUGAAGUUUGAUCUUUAUUUUAUGAGAAGUUACGAUGAGCGAAUACAUGAAGAAGGCCUUCAGCCCGCAUGCGCGUCAAUCUUCAAAGCAGCGGUGUGAAAUCACAGAUAACAGUGUUGAACUGAACAUAGUAAGAUUGGAGAGAACUAGAACUACCAGAUGACCUUUAUGAUAAUAGGGUUGGGAGCGGAUGUAAUCGCUCAUCGUAACUCCUCAUAAAAUAAAGAUCAAACUUCAAACUGGUAAGUUCUCGUUUAAUCUUACCAUUUUACUUCGGAGAGUGACUACAUGAAGAUUUCAAAGCUCUGUGAUUUCAUGCCGUGCACACGAGUCCACACAACACAACUGCAUCAGUUGACCACAGAUGAGUGAACAUUAAAAAAACAUACAGUCAUGACAUAGAUUUAAAGCAUGCUGAUGCUAUUAAAUGUACAAACAAUAAUAAUAGUAACCCCUUUCAUCCAGGAGGAAACUAUAAAACAGAACCUAAAAUAGAGUUGGCAAAUACCCCUGGUCUGGCAAUGGGUUAGUUAUGAAAUGUUUGGAAAGGUUCUUUCGUUUGACCAUCCUGCAGCCGCUAGGAUGUGGUCCAGCGGAACGUCCAUAACCCUUGCUGCUGAUGUUGUUGCAGCCCUGGUGGAGUGAGAUUUGAGACUGUCAGUGUUCAUUCCUGCACAAGCCAGACCCCGUUUUAGCCACCUGGAGGUGGUCUGUACUGAUACUUUUUUUUUUAUGAGGUUUUAUGUAACUAACAAACAUAGCUAGUUCAGAGCCUUUAAGGCUCUUGGUGACCUUAACAUACUGUUGUAGAUGUGUGACCGCACACAGCCGAAGGUCCAUAGGGCAUGCCAAAACCUCUAGUUUGAAACCUGAUGUCCCUGGUCUGCUCUGCUUGACUAAGUCAUAAAAUAGAAUGUUAUUUUGGCUACAGAUGUAACCAUUUUGUCCAGUCGUAGCUUAUGCAACGACUGGGUCCGUUGCACUGAAACCAGCACCAUGUGCAUAACCACUUUGUAAGUGAGUUGACCAAGGACAGAGAUGUAGUUGGAGCCCACCAGCAAAGCAGCACCAGCA